UAAAUCCUAGCCCCCCGAUUCGAUUAAUUCGACCGAGACCCAAACCGACCAAAAGCACAUAUAUGGCGCUGUCGACGCUCUCGUGGCCGUCGUCCGCGGCGGCGGCGGAUCAGGGCCGGAAGGGCGCGGCGGUGGCGUGGAAGCUGACGCGGAGCACGGGGAAGGCGAUGUGGAUCGCGGUGACGACGGGGCUGGUGCUGGUCCUGCCGCUCACGCUCCUGGUGCAGGGGGAGGCGGACAGCAUCAUGCUCGAGGAUCCUUCCCUAGCUCAGCGGAUGGCCGUGCUCGGUGUAUAGGCACCGCCGCCGGCCCGGCCGGCCUGAUCCUUCCCUAGCUCGUCUAUCUCCUCUCCCACGUACUUCAAUUCCCCGGCCGCCGAUUGAAACUCUCUUUAGAUUAUUACUCCAGCUGUGUUUAAUUAUGGAUCAUCAGUUCGUACUAGCGAAAGGAUUUCCUUUUUUAUUUGGUGUGGAUGCUGUUGAUUUCCUUUUUGCUGUGGAUGUGCGCGGCUGAAUGAUUCUCGGCCGGUACGUCGUGUGAUUCUCCUCGAGAAUUAAGCAAUAUUGAUUUGAGUUAUUCA